CCUGAGCCGGAGCGGGCCGCCUGCGGUCCGGCCCGGUCGGCGCAAAGGGUCUAGUUGGCGGCGCCCGGGAACGAGACGCUUCCCGAUGUUCCCGUCCCGGCUGCCGCGGGCCGCGCUGUGCGCUUAGUGCCCGGCUCCGGCCCCUUGAGGCGUCCGGGGGGCGGUGAGAGCGACCUCGGCCCCUUGGAGUCGAAGCAGCUGGAGGGCGAGGCGGCGGCCGCCGGGAGGAGGAUGGGGGCUAACCAGUUAGUGGUGCUCAACGUGUACGACAUGUAUUGGAUGAACGAAUACACCUCAUCCAUCGGAAUUGGAGUUUUUCAUUCAGGAAUUGAAGUAUAUGGCAGAGAAUUUGCUUAUGGUGGCCAUCCUUACCCCUUUUCUGGAAUAUUUGAAAUUUCCCCAGGAAAUGCUUCUGAACUAGGAGAAACAUUUAAAUUUAAAGAAGCUGUUGUUUUAGGGAGCACCGACUUCCUAGAGGAUGAUAUAGAAAAAAUUGUAGAAGAAUUGGGAAAAGAAUACAAAGGCAACGCUUACCAUUUGAUGCAUAAAAACUGCAAUCACUUUUCUUCGGCUUUAUCAGAGAUUCUUUGUGGGAAAGAGAUUCCUCGCUGGAUCAAUCGGCUUGCCUACUUCAGCUCCUGUAUACCCUUUCUCCAGAGUUGCCUCCCAAAGGAGUGGCUCACUCCCGCAGCCCUGCAGUCUAGCGUCAGCCAAGAGCUCCAGGACGAACUGGAGGAAGCGGAGGAUGCUGCAGCCUCUGCUUCCAUGGCCAGCACUGCCGCAGGCUCCAGACCCGGGCGCCACACUAAACUGUAAAUGUCUCCAAAGUCACACAUUCAGAACUGUCUCUGGCAGUUGAAUAUCACUAGAGAAGAGUAAAAGUAAAUGUCCUUUGGAUA